GUUGCAGUUUCGUCCCGGUCCACAUUGUGCUAUCAAGGUUGUUCUUGCUAAGUACUGUUACUCGGAACGUUGGACUUGAAUGUAGCGUCCGCAUGACAUCUCUGAAGGCGCCGCGGUGUCGCCUGGUCUUCUAGUAGGAGGCUGCCCAGUGCCUGCCACCUCCCGCGGUUCGACUCCUGGCAACUUGAAUGCGGCGUGCGCUCAGUCCAGAUCGCUAUGGUCAGUUGCACCAUCCAGGUCAAACACCCAGGAUGUCCGCCUCAGGCCACUCGUUUGACACUGUCGUCGCAGACCGGAAACUUGAAGUGCAGCGAACCCAAGCUUCCAGCGUGGACGAAUCGGGGAAGGAUAUGGCGCUCCAAAUUCCUGCACCAAUGAGCAUCAACGGCGACUCAGAUUCCACGAGCGCCCGCUCGUCAGAAGCCACUGUGUCUGUGCCGGACGACGAGUACCAGGUCACCCUUGAUCCGGAGGACGACCCCAAGAAACUCAGCGUAGGAAGGAAAUGGCUCAUCACUUUGCUCAUAUGCAACGCUGCGCUGUGUGCGACAUUUGCGUCCUCCAUUGCUUCGUUCACGGAGAAGGGACUGCAACGCGACUUCCAUACGGUGCACGAGGUCACAGUUUUGAGCAUCAGUCUCUAUGUCGAAGGUCUUGCGAUGGGACCCCUGCUCUUUGCCCCGUUGUCAGAGGUGUACGGCCGCAACAACGUCUACCGAGUGUCGUACUUCUUGUUCUGGGUGUUCACAUGGCCUGUCGCCUUCCCGCCAGACAUUGCAACGUUCCUCGUGUUUCGUUUCCUUACCGGAUUCUCGAGCUCUGCGUUCCUAAGCGUCGCCGCCGGGAGCGUCAGUGACCUAUUCGAGAACGGCAAAGUGGCAACGCCCAUGGGUGUGUAUACGCUGUCUCCGUUCGUCGGUCCAGUCCUUGGUCCCUUGGUCGGUGGCUUCAUCUGUCAGAAUGCCAACUACCGUUGGGUAUAUCGGGUCUGUCUGAUCUACGAGUUCGUCACCCUUGUGACACUUUUCUUGGUAUGUCUGAUCAUCGCUACUAAGAGUGUCCUAUCACCCUUAAAACGUGCAUAUUUUGUACCCGAGACAUAUGUCCCUGUGAUUUUGAGGCGGAAGGCUGCAAGGAUACGGAAGGAAACGGGAGACGAGAAAUUUUGGGCCCCACUCGACCACCGUGAUGAAUCUCUGUCGGAGUCGAUAAUGAUGAGCAUCUACACGCCAUUCAAGCUUUUGCUGUUUGAUCCGAUGGCUCUAUCACUGAAUAUGUGGAACGCGAUCACCCUCGGGAUCUUGUAUCUGACAUUUGAGGCAUUUCCGAUCAUAUUCGGUGAAGAACACGGGUUCUCGGACGAAGAAGUUGGCUUAGCAUUCCUUGGUAUGGGCGUCGGUUUGCUCGCGGCGUUGGCGACGCAAGGUUUCUGGAAUCGUUUCGACCGGAAAAUAGACGAGAAGCACGGCGGUAGCACACCUCCCGAAACAUGCCUUGUAAUGGGCAUGGCCGGUGGAGUGCUUGCGCCAAUUGGCCUCUUCUGGAUGGCUUUUACGACGUACAGCGCGGUGCCUUGGAUCCUGCCCAUCAUCGCUUCCUCCCUCUUUGGAGUGUCCAUCUACUACAUCUUUGCCUCAACCUUCACGUAUCUCACGACCGCAUACCGUCCUAUCGCCGCGAGUGCCUUGGCGAGUAAUACCGCGCUCAGAUGUUCGUUCGCCGCAGUGUUCCCGCUGUUCGCGGUGCAGAUGUACCACAGGCUCUCGACGGCGGGAGCGACUGCCUUGCUUGCUGGACUCAUGACUCUCAUGACGCCGUUACCGUUUCUGUACUACAGACUGGGAAAGAGGUUCAGGGCGAGGUCUAAGUUUGCUGUCGUCGAUGAUUAACGAAUGGAGAUCAAUGUACAUUCUCUGUAUCUUCUGUCUUUUGUCCGCGUAUCACGUCCUCUCGCUCAUGUGGCAUUUAAGUCGAGACUGCCGGUUGAGUACUACGGACGCUGCUUCAGAGUGCUUCAUAUCCAUGCCAGUGAUUAUAAUGCAAUUGAAACU